CCCCUGUUUUGGCUUUCACCAGGAAAUUGAUUCUUUGUUAAUUAUGAUACAUGGAAAUGGUUAUAAAUUAAUUAUCCUCGCUUCUUAGUUAAUUAGGUUAACUUUUUAUUCAAGUUAAUUAGCAGCUUAUUAAUUUUUUCCCCUUAGGGAUGAAUCAGUUUCUAAUUUCGCCAUUUUCAUCCCUUUAUUUGUAUUCUCUGGUUUAAUUGUGGUUUAAUAGUUAAUUCCAAUGAUUAACAAGAAAUUCGCUAAUUGUAAUGAUAAGAAAAAAAAGAGAAAUAAGAUUUUCGUUUGUUCGAAAACCACCAGAUGGCAGCGCAUUCGAAUUCUAAUCGAACGCCAUCUUUGUUUUUCUCAUAAAAUCCAAGAUCCAAAUUCUUGUAUCCAUUCAAUAGAUUUGAUAUUUUCUAUCCUGAUCCUUUGUCUUCAAUCUCUUUCUUUCUCUUUCUUUUCUUAACAUUUAUCAUCUUCUUAUCUUCUCUUUCUUUUUUUUCAAUCUUCUCUGUCUGGAAUAUUGUCUCCUUUCUGUCUAAUUUUUUCACCGUCUCUUUCUUUUCUUCUGUUUUUUCGCCCGGUUCUCGUGGAUUUUCAUCAUCAUCAUCAUCAUCCUUUCUCUCUCUCUUUUUCUCUCUUUUUCUUUUUCUUUCUCUUUCGUUGAGAUUUUAUAUUGAAUGUGAUGAUCAUGUUUCAUUUCCUCUCAUCUUCUUUCGGCCUAAAUUCUCUCUCAGUUGUAACACGUCUUUUACAUCAUCAUCUUUCGUCUUUAUUCUUUUUUAAUGUUAUUGAUAUAAAAAAAAUUUUAUUCUAAUUUGGUUUAGUUUUCUAAGCAAACAAAGCGACACAAUAAUAAGGAAUUAAAUUUGUAUUUAAUAUUUACAUAUACGGAGAGAAGAUCAACCAAAAAAGGAAAAAUAAUUCUAUUCUACGGUUUAGUUCUUUGUAUUAUAUUCGUUGUGUCUUUGGGUUACCUUCACUUCACCGGUUCUACCAACACAACACCAGAAUAUCUUGACAAGAUGACCAAAGAUAUUGAGAUGAAGGAUGAUUCGGAUACCAAAGCUGUUGAAUAUGAGAAUAAUGUUGCUGCGGUUGACAAAUUGGUUAACCAGGAAUUAGUAGAAGGUGAUUUCUGGUAUGUUUUGGAUAACAAAUGGUUCCAAACGUAUAAACAAUUUUUACAAUCCUGUAUUGCUGUUAAUAAUCCAGGUCCAAUUGAUAAUAGUGACCUUUUCACCGAAACCAAUUAUUAUAAGAAAAUUAAAGAGAAAUUGGUUGAAGCUGAAGAUUUCGUUUUUGUACCCGAACAACUUUGGAAAGGUCUUGUUAAAGAAUUUGGUUUAACUAAUGAGAAACAUAUCAUCAAACGUAAAGUGAUUUCUCGUCCAACUGCUCGAUCACAAUACAAGUUCCUUGAACUUUAUCCCAUUGAAUUAAAAUUAUGCCUCCAUGGAACUAAACAUGAGAACAUCAAAGAAAAAUAUAGUCAAAUAACAACUUUAAAAGAAUUGGAAAACGAAAUGAAGUUUCUAUUUAAAGUUGAUGAAAAAGCAGAAACUCAACUAUGGGCGUGUGGUAGCGUGUUGAAUGCUUACGAUCCUGAAUCGGAAUCCAAGAAGAAUGAUGAUAAAGCUCUAAUAGACGCCGGUCUCGAACAUGGGUCAAUUGUCACUUUAGAGGUUCAAAAUGCUGAUGGCACAUGGCCAAGUAGUCGACCUCGUUUUGGUGCCAUCGCCACUCGAUCUUCAAAAACAACCCCAGGUCUUUGUGGAUUAAUGAAUCUUGGUAAUACUUGUUUCAUGAAUAGUGCCCUUCAAUGUUUAUCCAAUACCCCGAUAUUAACUGAAUACUUUAUCGCUGAUAAAUAUUGGGAUGAAUUAAAUGUUGAUAAUCCUCUUGGAAUGGGCGGUGAGAUUGCAAAAACUUUCGGUGAUCUAAUUAAAGCAAUGUGGUCCGGUCAGCAUACAUUUCUAUCUCCUCGUGAAUUUAAACAAGCAGUGGGCAAAUUUUCACCACAAUUCAGUGGAUUCCAGCAACAGGAUUGCCAAGAAUUGAUGGCCUUUCUCCUUGAUGGUUUACAUGAAGAUCUAAAUCGUGUUAAAAAGAAACCAUAUAUUGAAAUUAAACAAGAGAUCGAUAAAAGGCCUGAUUCCAUUGUGGCCGCUGAAUCAUGGUCUAAUUAUCUGAAAAGAAAUGAUAGUAUAAUUGUUGACAUUUUUCACGGUCUUCUUAAAUCAACCUUAGUUUGUCCAGAAUGUGAUCUUGUCAGCGUAACAUUUGAUCCCUAUUGUUACCUGUCUCUACCGUUACCUGUUAAAAGAGAGAGACCUGUUGAUGUGAUGUUUGUGCCUGCAAGACCAAUAACAGUUGGACCAGAGAAAAAAAUUAAACGGGUUCUUAAAAUAUGUAAACUAAUGGUACCCAAAGCUGGUAUUGUUUUAGACAUUUGUAACGCUGUUUCUAAAACAAUUAACGAAAGUAAAGAAGUUAAUGGGCUAACAGUGAAUCCGUCUAAUUUAAUUGUCACCGAAGUAAAUAAUUGUCGUCUAUCCAGAAUUUAUAAUCAAGAUGAUUCUUUCACCUCAAACACUGAUGAGUUUGUUAUUUUUGAAAAGCUUGACGAUUAUACAGCUUUACCUGUUUAUCUAAGAUGGGAUAAAGGUGACGAAUCAGCAUCUCUUUUUGGUAAACCCUUCUUCGUAAAUAUUAAAGAGUGUACUUAUGAAGCAUUGUACAGUGCAGUGAAAAAUUAUGUGGAAACAUUGAUGGAAGAACCAACAACAACAACAACAACUAAUACACCAAAAGAAACUACUCAAACUUCAACUGAUGGUGACGAUGAAAUGAUUGCUGCUGCCAAUUCAGAUGAAAAUGAGGCUAUAACUAGUACUCAAUUAAAUCAUAAAUCAACAUCACCUACAUCAACAGCAACCACGGCAUCUUUAUCAUCAUCUUCAAGCCCAUCAAUAGUAACCAAUACCUCACCUUCAACUUUACCACCAACAACAAGUAAUAGUGAUGAAAACGAUCAACCCAUGGAAGUUAAAGAGGAAAAUGAAAUAAAUGGUGAUGAUAAAUCAUUUACUUUAAAGUUAAUCAAUAGUUUUGGAACUAUGCCUAUAGGAGAAAUAGAGAAAGAUAAACCAUUGGAAUUGGGAAUUAAAACUUACGUUGCUGCUGAUUUUUCCAAACGAUUUAAGAUUCGUUCAUUUGAUAAUGAAGAGAUCACAUUACGUGUGAAUAUACAAAAAAAUGCAAAUUCAGCCUCUAAAUCACAUGAUCUAAGUGAAUGCAUUGAACAGUUUACAACCGUUGAAAGACUUGGCGAACAUGAUCUAUGGUAUUGUCCAAGAUGUAAAAAGCGGCAACAAGCAUCAAAAAAAUUCGAUAUCUGGUCUUUACCGAAAGUAGCAAUUUUCCAUCUAAAGAGAUUCUCUUAUUCUAAAUAUUGGAGGGAUAAAUUGGAUACAUUUGUCAACUUUCCCAAAUACGAUUUAGAUUUGGGACAAUAUCUCAUCAAUAAUCCUAACAAAGAGAAAAUCUUGUAUAAUCUGGUGGCGGUUGCCAAUCAUUAUGGUGGCCUAGGGGGCGGACAUUACACCGCUUACGGUAAAAACAAGGAAAACUCAACUUGGUAUCAUUUUGAUGAUUCUAAUGUAACACCGGCUACUGAAGAAAGUGUUAUAUCGAAAGCUGCUUAUGUGCUGCUGUAUCUUCGUCAAGAUUGAUGGCAAAACUGGAAAGCAAAGAAAAAACAAUAAUGAAACUCAAUUAUAAUAGAAAUUCAAUUGUACUCGAUUUGUUUGCUCUUUCUUAAUAUAUUUUCGAGAAGCAGAACAAUUAAUUGAUUUUUCUCUUUUCGAAAGUUAAAUCAA